UGAAAUUUGAAUGAUGGAGGGGCGAGAAACUUGUUUCAAUGUUUGGUAUUUUAAGGCAUUCUUAGACGACUAAAUGGCCAGAUCUGCCCUUAGCACGGACGUUGAGUUCCACAUCCUUCAUAAUUAUCCCUGGUCAAAGCUUCCAACCAAUGUAAAGCAGUCGCUGGGUAACAGCCAGAAAGAGUGGGAAAAAUGUGUCUUCGACUACAGUGUGCGGAAUCAAUUGAGAUAUCGUGGAAAUAUAGUACGACAAGUCAGAAGAGAUGAGAGAAAGUAUUAUGAAGAUUUACUACAGUACAGCAAACAACAUCUCAUGCUGUUUCCUUACCACCUGUCAGAUGUGAUAGUGAAAGGUUUGAGGAUCACUCCAUUUUCUUACUACUGCAGCAUUAUGGAGUACAUCAUGUCAAAUGAAAGGAGUUAUGACUCAUUACCAAACUUCACUGCAGCAGAUUGUUUACGAUUGUUGGCAAUUGGUAGAAAUCAAUAUAUUGAGUUGAUGAAUCAGUGUCGGUCAUCUAAGAAAUUCUUUAGAAAGAAGCCCGUAAGGGAUCUUCUGCCAACUAAACCUGCAGUGUUGAAGGUUCUAGAACCCUGGUGGAUUGUUCAGAUUGGUUAUGUGACAGAAGAUGACAUAAGGAUGUGUUCAAAUGCUGAACACCAGGCUAUUGAUUCCAUAAUUGAUAAAGGAGCUUCUCAAGCUGGGAUGAUGGACCUCAAAGUUGCACAAGGACUCUACACCAAAGGUCUUAUCUACAUAGAUGUCCCAAUUGCUGAUGAUGACUAUAUAGUAGUUCCACCUUUAGAAAAUUUUGUGAUGAACAGGGUUUUGGGUGAUUAUUUUGAAGUUCUGAUGUACAAGAUCUUUGUUUCAAUAGAUGAGCACACUAAUAUAAAAGAGUUAGCAAAUGUCUUGCAGAUAGAUUUGCAAUUAGUUAAGAAUGCAGUGUCAGUAUAUAUUCGACUUGGUUUUGCACAUAAGAAGGGUGUGGAAAUUGACGAAACUAAGUUACACCGCUCUUGGACAGAGAAAGUAAACAGUUUGGCUAUGAAGAGAUGUAGCAGCAAGGAGAAUCUCCUGACUCUGGACCUUAGUAACCUCCCAGACAAGGCCAAUUCAAUGACAACUUUUCUGGAUGCUUUGUCAAAUGAUUCUCAUGAAACAAAUGGAGAGCUUUCCUCACAAACUGAUAGUAUUUCAGGAGGGGCUACAAAGAGGAUUGCUUUCCUUUUUGAUUCCACACUGACUGCUUUCCUCAUGAUGGGCAAUCUGUCCCCAGGUUUGAAGAGCCAUGCAGUUACAAUGUUUGAAGUUGGAAAACUCACAGAUGAAUCGUUAGAUAGUUUUCUUGGAGAACUUGAAAAGGUUGGAACCUUUGCAGAAGGCGAAGCUCAAAGAUAUUUCGACCAUGCCAUCACACUUAGGGACACCAUCUUGUUCCUGAGGUACAACAGGAACCUUGGGUUGGAACCUGAUCAAGUCCCUGCUAAGGGUUUAGACCUGUUACGAUGUGAAAGUCUCAACAGUCUAGAUUCUGCUGCUUGUGGUCGAGUUCUGCAAAAGAACUACAGUUUACUGGUGUCAAUGGCGCCCCUAAGUCACGAGAUCCGACCUGUGACGAGCUGUUGCCCGCCGCAUUUUGGUCCAGCGGUACCCGAGGUCAACUCAGUGUGGUUCAAACUGUUCAUUUAUGAACAAGUAAAAAGUGGCCCACCCUCUCUUCUUCUAAUGAAGGGUACUCGCCUCAGGUGGUUACCCAAAAUUUUCGAGGAUUAUGAAAGAUUGAUGAUAACCACGUGGGGUCACGAUCCAGGAAUUGUGUCUGUUUCCAACGUUUUAUUGGCGCUGAACGAUGCUCUGUCCCACUCGGCCGUGUUGGUUCAGGCUCAUGGACUUCAUACAGAGGGUGAUGUGGUCUAUGUGCCAUUUCCACUGGAUUGUAAAUACGGCGAACCGUUCUCUGAAGAUAACAUGGAGGCGCACCCUGCUAUUCAACAGCUUUCGAAAUGUCUCGAUUUGGAACACACGUGUGGUUUUAUAGCCAUGUUAAAACCGUCCGUCACUAAACAAGCCGCGAGCGCACGCCGGAGGACCAUAUCGGCAAACUUCGGCAUGCCCUCGGCGGUCGAGAGCGAUCCUCGUUCGCCGUCGCCGUUGAUUGUCAUCAACGACGCGGAUAGCAGCGUAGACUCGGCGAGCGAUGAGCAGAACGAGGAGGACGGAAUUGAUGGGGUGACUUGUGGGUCAGAUAAUGAUAUGGUGCUGGUUGGUAAAGGGAAGAAGAAAGAGAUUGAAGGCGAUAGAGUUGCUGAGAAAUGGCUGCCGCUAGACCUGUGUUAUGGUCUUCCUUUGUUUGAUGGGGACUUGAGCAAUCAAGUCUAUCAGAAGAUAUCCUCGAAGGGACUGUGCCACGAGGAAAGUUUAAAGUCACUCGUACACUCUAGCCGAAAACUUACUCUGCGACUUCUGGAUUUUAUUUCUAAACACCAGGACGCCAAUGUAUUUCAAGAAACAGCAAGUGACCCAAACUCCUUUUCCUCACAAGGACUUAGUUCGCCCACGUCAAUUAUUCCUUACCCGACUCGUAAUCUCUGCUUCUUCAACGGAAAACUUGAUGUCUGGGAUGGCAGGUGACACACGCAGAUACUGGUACCUAGACACUGUUACGAUAAUUCUUUUUUCCUUUAAAUUUUGUACGAUAUCUGUAAAGAAUAUAUGAUGACGAAUCCCUUCCUAAGUGAAAGCAUCAGGUUGCAAAUCAGAGAUUAAUACAGAGCAUUUUAGCUAUUAUAGUGAUCUUUGGCUUUCAUUCAGUAAAAUCGCAAUUUGACAAGUUCUCCGGCGUAAUGAUUCUUUUGAGCACUUGAAACUCGACUGCGAGUUUUUAAUGAAAUACUGAAAAAAUAUCAACUACGAGAGGCUUAAUUUUAUUCUUCAUAACAAUAAAUCUUGUCAUAGAUAGUUGUGCCUUUUCCUAACUAAAAAAUGUGGAAAAAUUGUACCAUUUCAGUAGCUUGUGAGAUCAGCGCCAUCUUCGCUCAGUUGUGUUGUAGAAGGACGACUUAUGACGCGUUUUUCCUGCGCAAGUCACACUGGCUGCUUUGCAUGGAGUGUAGCUCUGUGAUUUGUUUAUAAAAUUCCCGACACCGUGUAAACCAAUCGCGAUUUCGUUACUCGCGUUUUCCCGCGUUUAGACCGUUAACCGCCAUGCAUUUAUUUUGAGAUCCCAUGGCUCUUUGUGUUAUAACAGUUUGUCUGAUUGGCUUUUGUGACAGCUGGUUUGGACAAGUUUGGGUUCCGUUUUAACGAUGCCAAAUCGAAAAGUGAAGAAUUUUCGAUUUGACAUCGUUGGGCGGCUUUCGCAGCGUGUGCUGGAAGCGUCAGUAGAAGAUCAGUAAUUAUGUAACAUUACAGUCUAAUUAAUUCACUGAUUCAGGUUUCUGAUGGAGACCUGGAGAUGACAGUGAUACUGUCAGUUAGAAUCGUAUCACCUCUUGAAAUAUGAAUGGGGACAAGACAACGAGAUUCAAGUGUAAAAAAUGUUUUUUGCGACUAUUUGUGUCAGGGCAAGCAUGGUACGGACUUUUACGACUAAUCAUUUAGGAGAACCUUAUCUUUGCCAUAAAUAUCUCCGCCAAAAUAGCAUAGUAAACAAUUGGAAAAUCCCGUUGUUUUGGUAGCUUAUUUUCCCUCGGUAAUCUUUAUUUAAGGACUAGUGUUAAGGGGAGAGAUUAUCGCUUAUCUGUGUUGUAUACAUAAACCACAAACCGGGGAACCAGUCUUUUAAGACAAAUUACAAAAUUAAAGUUUAUAUCAACCUUUGCUCAUUGCAAAUGAAAUAUUCAUAUAAAUAUCCUAGUAAUUUAUUUUUACUCGUAAAAAUACAGAUAUGAUUUUGAAGUAAGAGGUUAUCUUUGAUUGACUGAAUAAAUGUAGCCGUUGGAUUUAAUUGA